UGACAGUGACUUCCUCCUAACCACCUUCAACCAGCAACAUUGCUUGAAACAGAAAUGUCGUCAGGAGUAUUCAGAACUAUCGCUACCCGCGUUGCUCCGGCACUGCGGAGUACGGCUGUCGUCCAGCGGGCCAACGUGUUCACCAGACCGGCCAAAGACGCCCUUGGUCCUGUUGAGACAGCCAUUGGCUUGGGCAUGUUUGCUCUAGCCAUUCUGGGACCUGCCGGCUGGGUCCUGGCUAACUUGGAGAGCUACAAGAGCAAAGAAUGAUCUGGACUGUGCUGACUGGAACAUCCAGCAUUGUCGUUACCAAUACAUUCAAUAUAUACAAGACAAACCUGGGACCAUCACCUCAACUAUCAAGUUUACUUAAAUAUUGCGGAACAAACCCUUAAGCUGUCUACCUCUGCAGCAGUUUACUCUUCUUACUCCAACUAACCAGGCUCCUCAUAAUUGACAUCCCUCACUGAGGAUAAUGUUACAUAUGUAAUAAAACCUGAUAAUUUAAACUUUAUAA